AUGUAUGUAGUUUUAAAGGACACUCCCAUCAGUCCCAUGUUAGCUUGUAUAACUGGGGGAUACAAUAUUAAAGAAAGAUUGCGCUGUAUAAACGAAUUAAAAGGUUUUGGUGCUGCUGGUUAUGUUAUCGAAGGAUUCCACACAAACGGAGAAUCUGCCACGAAUUUACUCUGGGAAGACGUGGAGCCAGUUUUAACGGAAAAUUUAGGUUCACUUCCGGAAAAUCUACCUCGAGCAUUUCAUGGACACAUUACACCUAUCGUGCUACUGAAACUCGUAUCUAAGGGCAUUGAUAUUUUUGAUGCAACGUUUCCGUGGCUAGUUGCAGAACGAGGGGGUGCGUUGGUUUUUCCUAAUUCACUGUCAAAAGAGUAUAAUAAUCACUUUAAACAUUGCCAAGCGUGA